UUCAUUCCCAUUUUGAACAGAGGUCUUGCGCGCUAUUCUUGAAUAAGGGGCAGGGGGACAGCAACUAUACUUCAGAAGGCAUCCGACAACCAUUAACUGAUUGAGGAGGAUAGAGGACGAGCAGUAGCCGACGUGACUUAUCCACGACAUUGCCUGUAGAUAUACAUGUCUAGACGCCGAGAAGCAGCUGAACUGGCUCGUGCACUUCAGCUAUCUACCCAACAAGCCCAAACUAUUUCAAAACCAUCUCCUCAUUCCUUAAGCUCCAGCGACACCUCGGGAACUACACAAGAGUCUAAAGAAAUGGAACUUAGGCCUGUAGAACCCACAGAGGGUUCUGCUGUUCAGCAGGUUUUUCCAGUAAGGCCUGAUAUGUCUGGAGAAAUUAUGCCUCCUCCCAAUGCUGUGCCGGCGACCAUCGAGACGAUAGAGAUCGGCACUAGUUCCAGUGCCAAACAGCCCACUUAUCUGAGUGAAAUUGGAACCUUCACACCCUCGAACGGUAACCCAGACACUUCCAUCUUGGUCCCUUGCACGGACAGCAAUAAUACUCCUACGACCAACACUACUUCUUCCAGCAAAGCCUUGCCUCCAUCUUCUCUUCCAACUCACGCUCGACCAGCCUCCGACGGUCUUUACUCCUCACCAGCACCUUUUGUCCCUCCUUAUAUCCAAGACUCUUCUUCCAAUAACGAAUCUCAUCCUUCACAUGUGAGCAGUACCGAGGUAUCUUCCAAUCGACCACUUUUCUCUCCUACUCAGCUGCAGUCAAGCGUCCCUCCUGAAUCUAGUGCCGAGCUUCUCGCGAAAAAGGUGAAGACAUACGGAAAAUCUUCUCUUGCGACCCUCUCAUCUUCUAUCAAAAGACCAAGCGACGGAUUAGCAGUUCCUACCGGUGUUUCAUCAUCAUCUCCAGGUGCAGCUCGUUUUCAAAACAAGAGCAAGUCCACCAUUUUUUCUUCUGACGGCGAAGAUGGAAGAUCGUUAAGGUCUGCCGGUCUGCGACGGAGUUCGCAAAGUCCUCAGAAGGAAGCAAACCUCACUUCGCCAGAUCCAUUAGAUAGUCUAGCAAAGAAGAGAAAACUUUUGGCGGCCUCUCGAGCUGUAGUUGAAGUCACUUUACCCGAUCACUUGUCACCUACAAAGAAGACAUCUGGGAUCACUGAAGAGGAUAGAGGCGGUGCGGUUGGAAAGAGGAAGAGAGCGGAGAGUGCCGGGUGCGAGAAACCAACAAGCAGAGGAAAAGAGGUUGAACAACCACAAGUGGCAUCCGACGCAGAGCUUAUACAAUCUAGCCCGACCGAUGCCAAUUUACCUGUUGAAGCGUCCACCUUGCCUGCGAACCCGCAAGCCUCUCAGGUCUCAUCAGGUUCUGCUUUACCCCCUUCCGCUCUCUCCAAUUCCAUCCCCACCUCCGCGUCCGAACCUGCCUCUAAAACAAAAUCCAAAAAACGAAAGUUUGACCCUAUGGAGAUCCCUGAUAUCGACGAUGGGAUCGACGAGGAUUUCCAACCUGGGACUAAAAAGGCCAAGCCAAAGCCAAAGGCUAAAGCGAAACCCAAGGAAACUAAAGAGAAGAAGGAGAAGAAGGCACCAGCAAAGAAGGGCAAGAAGGCUCUCAGUUCUGCCGAGAUCAUGGAAGAGCCAGGGGAUGUCCCGACGACCGGCGCUUCUGCUUCCAAUGAUACUGAGCAAUCGACUGUGACGUCUAAUAUGCCGGAGGCUGUCGAGCCGGAAUUAGCACCGGCUCCAGCUACAGAGUCAACGCCAGAAAUACAAUCAGUUAUUGAGCCACAACCUUCAACAGCGACCGAACCUGCUGCAGAACCUAUCUUGGCGGCCCCCGAACCGAAACAGACAAAGAAAUCCAAGAAAAAGACAUCUUCCAAAAAGAAAGCUACCCAACAACCAACCGAGGUAGUAGACAAGGAAAACUCUAGAUCCCCAAGUAAAUCCCCCGCCAAACCCCCCGCUAAACCGGACAGUCCUCUAGCACAACCAUCAUCCACCAAUGUUGCCGAAUCUCCGACACGGCCACGUCAACCACUGGCUCGUGCUUCGAGCAACACGGGUAUCUCCACGCCACAACCUUCCUCUUCUUCUUCCAGACCAAUGUCAUCGGGUGGUAGAGAGGGUACACCGGUGGAUGUCAGAUUUAGGAAUCCUCGCAAAGAUCUCCCAUCCGUACUUGCCAAGUUUGGCGGACACAAACGUACUGGUAUGUCGAAGAAGCUCAAGAUUGUCCCCUUGCACUCCAAAAUUGGUCCGCCAGCCAAGGCUUUGCCGCCGGUACCCAAGAAGCCUCAGAAGAAGGUUGAGAGUGAAGAUGAGGAUGAUGAAGUGGAUGGGGAAAAGAAGAUUAAGCCUGGGAGUAAGGAGUGGUUGAUGAUGGAGGAUUAGUUUUCAUCAAAGUGUCUUUUAAUGUUUUCAGGGUUUUAGAUCGGUUGUCAUGUUGUGCUGGCUUGUCUUGGAUGUUGGCAUGUAUUUUAAAAUGCAG